AUGGUGAACAGACGUCAUUGGACAGUUGAAGAUGUAGUGUUCUGGGUCCCCGCUGCUUCCACAAAUACAUUUAUCAGAGGAGGCUUCGUGUUUGUUGUAGAAGUAGAGUGGAAAUGGGCCGUAGCCCGAUAUGUUCUGGGAAAGGAGAAGUGUAUUUUAGCAAAGAAGACUAUAUCUUACAAACAGUUCUUUUUCUGUUUUCAGAAUGAAAACAAAGAUGCGGAUGAACAGACUCUUAAAUCAGAACUGGAAGGCCUUAUUGAAAAAAUUAAGAAAGCUCAGGCAGAGGCCGCAGACAAAACAAUCGAAGAUAUUUGCUCAGACAUGCCAGAUAUUCCAAAAAUACCUUUGCGAACAAAGAAAAUUUUGAAAGGUCACCUAUCCAAAGUUACGGCUGUACAUUAUUGUGGUGAUAAUAGGCAUUUAGUAUCUGGGUCUUUGGAUGGAAAGCUUAUCAUCUGGGACACAUGGUCAGGAAAUAAAGUGAGAAUCAUUCCUCUCCAAUCCAGCUGGGUUAUGACAGCAUCUUAUUCACCGUCUGGUAAUUUCGUGGCUUGCGGAGGUAUGGACAAUAUGUGCACCGUCUACGAUGUGAAUUCCAGGGAUAGUACCGGAACUGCCAAAAUCAGAAGAGAAAUGAUGGGAUUCGAAGGCUUCCUGUCUUGUUGCAGGUUCUUAGACGACAACAAACUAGUGACUGGAUCAGCUGAUAUGAAAAUAAUGUUAUGGGACCUAGAAAAGGGAGUAAAGGAUUUUGAAUGUAUGGGACAUGCUGGUGACGUCAUGAGCAUGUCCCUUCACCCAGACAAAACCUCUUUCGUAACAGGAUCUGUUGACAGAACUAUUAAACUGUGGGAUAUUAGAGAUGGCGAAUGCAAGCAGACGUUUUGGGGUCAUGAAUCUGAUGUGAAUUCAGUUUGCUUUCAUUCAAGCGGAUUCUAUUUCGGGACGGGUUCCGACGACAAAACAGCCCGUUUAUUUGAUAUCCGUGCUGACCAACAAAUUGGUCUCUAUCAGACGCCCUCCAACAAAAGUGGAUUCACGUCAUGCGCUCUUUCUACCAGCGGCAGAGUCAUACUCUGCGGGUCGGAUGACUCGGCAGUCCACAGCUGGGAUACACUUAAAGCGAAGCACAAUGGAUGUCUCACAGGACACGAGAAUAGAAUAACUUCCUUAAGCAUGCCAGAUAACGGAAUGGCUCUAGUUACAGGUUCAUGGGAUUCAAGUGUUCGUGUCUGGAACUGAGUACAUACCUCAGACACUUAUACAAAUAAACAAGACGACAAGCCCUACAAAACAAAGCUGAAAGUUCUAAAUAUUCAAUACAACAAAUUAAUGAAAUGACCAAUUUUGUAGGAUAAAAAAAAAAGGCAUCAUAUAAUUAAAUUUAGUAUUCUUAUUA